AUGCCUGUUAAUUUAAUACCAAAAUUUUGCAACGACACUAUGGACAGUUGUAACGGUGUGGAAGAUGAAAUGCAAGUGUCUAUUGGUAGUAGGGUGAAAAGUGGUUAUGAUUUUGGCACAGUUAAAUAUAUUGGAGACGUACAGGGAUAUAAGGGCAUUUGGUAUGGGGUGGAAUGGGACAAUCCUGCUAGAGGCAAGCAUGAUGGAUUUGUCGAUGAUAUUCAAUAUUUUAAAACUACGAAACCAGGAGCUGGUUCUUUUGUGCGUCCCAACAAAAUAUCACCAUUUAAAACUUGUGCGGAUGCAAUUCGGAAGUAUUAUGGAGAUCGUGAGGACGAAACAGUGGCCGCACAUCGUAGAAUGGUGAUCAAUGAGUGGAAAAGAGAGAUGGGAGCACCUUUCAUUGAAAUGGUUGGAUUUGAAAAAAUACACCAGAAGCAAAAGUUUGACCGUCUGCUGGAGGUAUGUGUGCACGACCAAAAUGUGUCCAAAGCGGGUGACGUUGCAUCUUUAUGCCCUAACGUACGCAGUCUAGAUGUAUCACGCAAUUUGUUCUCAAACUGGCGUGAAAUUAUUCAACUAUCCGCCCAGUUGCCGGAUCUAAGGGAAUUGGAUGUAAGCAAAAACCGCAUGGCCAUAGAUAUGUCAGAAGAAAAACUUUUACAACUGUCAGUCAAUUUCGCCAACCUCGAGAAACUGAACAUAUCCGUGUGCGACUACGAAUGGUCUGAUAUACUCGUUUUGUCUCACCUUUGGCCUAAAAUAAACGAAAUAAUUGCCGCAUAUAAUAGAAUCAAAAAAAUAAUACCACCAGAGGAUACUUUACAUACCCUUACUAUAUUACGAUUGGAUGGAAACCCUAUAGACUCCUGGUAUGAAGUGAUGAACCUUGGCAGAUUAAAGAACUUGAAAGUUCUAAGCUUGAACGAUUGUGAGAUUGGGGAAAUAAGAUUCAACGAUGACUUGGGUAAAGUGGAAUUGUUUGAGAACUUGGAAGUGUUAUUUUUAAACAGAAACAAAAUAAACGAUUGGCGGUCAGUGAGUGAAUUAGAUAAAUUGAAAAACUUGAAGAAAUUAUAUUUCCUGAGGAACCCAAUACAGAACAGUGAAGACUAUGAUACCACAUCUCAACUAGUUAUAGCGAAAAUUGGCUCUUUACAGGAAUUGAACGGGUCUACCAUAACACGUGAACUACGCAGGGGCGCAGAAUAUGACUAUUUGAAACGCUAUGGAGCUGAAUGGAAAUUGGCGCAAAGCGACUCAACACGCAAAAGUGCCUUUGAUUUGGAGCACUGUCGUUUCCAAGAGCUCAUAAAUAAAUAUGGCAUUCCAGAAGACAGUUUGCUAGUCAAACAACCUAAAAAUAUGACAUUAACAUCUCAACUCUUAGAAAUAAUAUUACGUGAUGAAAGCGGUAAAAUGUUUAAAAAGAAAUUCCCAUCUACAAUGGCUGUCCAAAAGCUGGUCACACUCGCUCAAAGACUGUUUUCGAAGCCGGGCAACACUGGAACACCUACGCUAAAUCUGCUCGAUGAUCAAAUGCAAGGCGCUGAAAUAUGCCUGGAUAAUGUCAUGAAAGAUCUAGCCUAUUAUUCAAUCAAAAAUGGUGACAAUAUUCUCGUCAGAUUCAGAUAA